CAAUUCCAAAGACUCGUCAUUCUCCUCGCGGAACAUGGAAGGAGUUGUGCCUGAGAACCCCAGUCAAGACGAAGGCCAGCAACCGGACAACGCCCCCCAAGACGCUCUUGACGACGUUGUUGCGCGCAGCAGCGCCCACCCCACUCCGCACGACAGCCCUGCUUUGUCACCGGUAGCGGAAGAUGCUGAGGGCAGCCAGAAGCCGCCAGCCCCGUUGCAGAAGCGCAGGAGAGUGACGCGCGCAUGCGACGAGUGCCGAAGGAAAAAGAUUAAAUGUGACGGCAAGCAGCCAUGCACCCAUUGCACCGUGUACGGAUACGAAUGCACCUACGACCAGCCUUCGAAUCGACGUCGCAACACCGCGCCUCAGUACAUUGAGGCCCUUGAGAAGCAACUGGCGCGCGCAAAUGCUAUUCUCAAGACCGUGCUGCCCGGCGCUGACCUGAACGACCCGACGCUCGAGGCCAAACUCCAGCAGGGCCUGUUGGUGGUAUCCCCAACCGUUGCCUCUCCGCCAAGCAACACUUUCGCCAGUCCGUGUCCUGAACAGAAUGGCUUGGCAGAGAUACCGACCGACGCGCAGCUCGAGUCCAUGGUCCGCUCUACUGGCCAACUUGACUUGGACGAGCAAGGCCACCUGGAGUACCAUGGGCAUUCCUCUGGCCUGAGCUUCGUCAAAAGGAUGCGAGAGCAGCUUGGAGACAUGAUGGGUCCGGAGGGCCGGGCCACGCCGUUUGUGAAGACCAACCGUCCGCUUUCUCAAGUUUUCGACUCGCCACGGUCUGCCACGGACUCUCCGUGGGACAGCGGCCUGGAGCUACCGUCGAAGGAAGAGGCGCGUGCCCUGUGCGAAAAUGCCAUUGAAGACGCUGGCGGAUUGCUACGCGUGGUGCACUAUCCGAGCUUCAUGAAGCAGCUCGACGACGUGUACGAGAUCUCCAGUGAGCAUUACAGCAACGAGGAGAACGUGUUUUUACCGUUGCUAUAUUCGGUCCUUGCCCUUGGGACCUUGUUUGCUAGGGACGAUCAAGGGGAGCAAGAGCUGGACAAGAAGGGCUACGAGUCGGCAAUUGCCGAAGGGUUCAAGUACUUUCGUCUGGCUAGAUCGAUGAUGGACAUAGCCGACUGUCGAGAUCUGCGCCAAGUCCAAGCGCUGGUCUACAUGAUCCUGUUCCUGCAGGCUUCCGCCAAGUUGUCAACGUGCUAUGCCUACAUAGGCGUCGCACUUCGCUCUGCCGUCCGCAUGGGUUUGCAUCGAUCAUUUUCAGAUGCUUGCUUCAGCCCGAUCGAAGCUGAGACACGGAAGCGACUGUUCUGGGUGAUACAGCGCAUGGACACCUACGUCGGUGCUUUGCUAGGAUUGCCCCAUUCUUUGAGCGAAGAUGAAAUCGAUCAAGAUUUGCCACUUGAAGUCGACGAUCAGUACAUCACCGAACAGGGCAUACAACCUCAACCGCAAGGUCAAAUAGCUCUCAUGGCUGCUUCAAAUGCACAUGUGAAGCUGGUGCAGAUACUUGACAAGAUUGUCAAGUACGUAUAUCCAUUAAAGGCUGCCGGAACGAAUUCGCAGGGAGAGCCAAUGAAAUCGUACAGUGUCAGUUACGCUAAGAUACUUGAGAUCGAGAGAGAUUUGAAGAAUUGGCAGGACGAGCUGCCUAUGGGUCUCAAGCCGGGCGGAGACGCCCCAGUGCGGAUAAUGAGAGUACAACAUCUUCUCCGAAUGGGUUACGCUCAUGCCCAAAUGAUGCUCUAUCGCCCCUUCCUUCAUUACGUGUCGCAUACAUGCAAGUCUAGAGUCGUCGAUAAACGCUCAUACGCAUGCGCGGCAGCGUGUGUAAGUGUGUCGCGAAACAUUGUUCACAUUGCUUGCGAGAUGAGACGCAAAGGUUUAUUGGCUGGUGCUUACUGGUUCACAAUGUAUACGACAUUCUUCGCUAUCCUUUCCCUGGUGUUCUACGCCCUUGAGAAUCCAGAUAACGAUGCAAGUCAGGACGUCUUGCGAGUGGCAACCGAAGGCAAGGAGACGCUGCAAAAGCUUGCCAAGCGCAGCAUGGCAGCCGACCGCUGCUCUGCGACAUUACAGGCCUUGUUCGAACAGCUUCCCGAUCGCAUGCGACGAUCUCGCACCAGCUCAACUGCGGUCAAGAAGCGCAAACAGGACGCAGCAUCAUAUGGCUCUGCUUUUGAUGGAGCAAUGCAUAAUGGAAACACGCCGGAAGGCCUAACGCCUUCAAGGGCAAACACAUUUCCUCACGUACGAUCUAAAAGCGUGGAUAGAAAAGCUAGCGCCCAAGGAGGCUUGCCGCGCUCUGAAACUAUAGGGUUUCCGAAUUCAAGUACAACUAAUUUCUACGACCUACUCCAUUCGAACGCCGCCGAUGGAGUUCCAACGCCACCAUUAGCAACUGGAUUUUCGCAACGUCAUGAGUCAUUUCCAGCAUCCCCGCCCGUAGGCAACGACAAAAAUUUUCCGCUGACAGACAUAUCCGCCGUCAUGUUUCCGUCUGCCGACCCGGUAGAAUACCCCAAUCAGAGCUCGUCGACCGGACAGUCGUAUGAGAAUAUCCUGAAGAGCCUUGCGACAGACCCGUCCUUUCCAUUCCCCACCACUCUGAACGAGCUCAAGAUGCAGCGAGCCGCCGGAUCGGGCAUGUUCAUCCCCCCAAGCUCAACAUUCAUGUUCGACGACGGGGAUCCGAGCGAGCAAAGCCAGAUGUACGACAACGACGUGCAGCUGCUCGGCCCCAUGCCGGCGUACAUGAUGCAAGGCUCGUCAUUCGCGCAGCAGAACGGCGCCAACGGCAGCCCCGGCGGCGUCCACACCCCGUCCAACUUCACGUCCAACUUCCUGAGCCAGUCGGGAAGCCAGUUAUUCGAACAGGGAGCACAGCACGGCGUCGCCACCGUCAACCUGGACAAUCUGCUGACGGGCGAGGAGUGGGGCAACUUCCAGCAGAACUCGGGCUACGCAGCGGCCAUGUCGCAGACGUUCGCGCCUCACUCGCUGCCCUUGAAGGGGCUCGCGGAGGGCCACCACAACAACCACCAGCAACGGCAGCAGCCAGCGAGCGUGCCGCCGUCAAAUGCAAGCACCGAUCUGAACUCGGCCCGGACCAGCUCCGAUUUCAACGACCGCGCCCAGUUCGUGAAGAACGUGUCUUUCGAGGAGCUCAACCCGGGCGUUUUAGGCUGGAACUUGGGCAACUUCUGAGCCGCGCGCCCUCGAUGAUGUUAAUGAUGAUGACAGCAACGACGUGAAAGGGGAUAGCCCAGUUACAAAGCCCUCUUCUUUUCUUCUUUUUCUUCUUCUUCUUCUUUUUUUUUUUUUUUUU